UGCGCUUCUAACGGCAUCAGUUCAAUUGAAGUGUUCUACCAGUGUACACUACAGCGCUCAACGUCCGCUCAGAAAAGUUCCGCAACAGGAGAUCCAAAAUGUUCAAAAUCCUCGCUUUGGUUGCCUGUUUGGUCAUCGUAGUUUCUGCAGAAUAUUACGAAGUGGAGGAACAGCACGAAUAUGAAGAUUACCCAAAGUACAAAUUCGAAUAUGGAGUUAAGGAUCCUCACACCGGUGACCACAAGAGCCAAUGGGAGCAUCGCGAUGGAGAAGUUGUGGUUGGAUCCUACUCGGUAGAUGAAGCCGACGGUACCCAUCGGGUGGUGACCUACAACUCCGACGACCACAAUGGAUUCCAGGCCCACGUACAGCGAGUCGGACAUGCCCAGCAUCCUCAUGGCGAAAGCUACUCGAACAUCGAUCAACAUCAUUGAGAGGGGUUGUUUUCUGCUAGGGAUAUUACUUCGGCCAAACACAAAGAUUAGAGUAGCUACCGAAUAAAGUGAAACUAAUGUUCCUUGCUCACAAUGUGAGCCAACAAAUA